GACUUGACUUUGAAGUCUUUGUUUGAAGUUUGAGUUUGACGUGCAGGCAAGACCACUGCAUAUUUUAUUUGCAAAUUUUAAUGUAAAUUAUUAUAACCAACAACUUUCAAAAAUAUUUUGUUAAAGUAAUGUUUGAAAGAUGUGUACUAUUAAAAGGAACAUGACUCAUUUAUUUAGAUCAUUGCUUGUUUAUAAUACGAACCUAAAAAUAUGUAAAAACAUAAGCAACGUCGUUUUAGCUAGUUCUCCAAUUGAAAUCAAUUGCAACGAAAAGAACACUGUAACCGAGCCGGUGAAUCAAGAUGUAUCAGAUAUUACUCCAUACUUUCCCGAUACUUUUAAUAUAGCAGCUUAUGCCAACAGAUCUGAAACGCUUCAAAAUCUUCUUCAUCUACAAGUUAAUCUCAGUAAGAUUGAGAAGAAACCACAUAUUGUAAACAAAAUAUUAAAAUUGGAUUUUGAGAAAGAUAUGAAAAAAAACAUAUUCUUCAUCAAAGAUUAUGUUGGAUCAGAAAAUAUUGGAAAAUAUAUUACUAAAAAUCCUCUUAUUUUAUGUGAAGAUGUAGAUGAUCUUCAAGUGAGAAUUAAUUACUUACAGUCAAAGAAAUUUAGUAAUUUUCAAAUAAACGAAAUUGUUGCCAAAAAUCCUUUUUGGUUAAUGUUUAGUACAGAGAAAAUAGAUAAAAGAUUGGGAUAUUUUCAAAAUAAGUUUAAUUUGCAUGGUAAUGAAGUCAGAGCACUUGCAACAAAACAGCCAAAAAUAAUCACAUAUAGUAUUCAACACAUAAAUACAAAUACCUUUGUCAUUAAUGAAGAGAUGGGAUUUAAUGAGGAGGAGACAAAAAAAUUGUUAUUGACUACUCCUAAAAUAUGGAUGUUAAAUCAAAAAUCUUUGCUGGAAAGAUUCAAUUACGUCCAUAAUAUUAUUAAGAUACCACAUGAUACACUACUACAGUCUCCACAUGUGCUUUUAUGCAGGAAUUUUAGAGUGAAACAACGUCAUAUGUUUUUAGAUAGUUUGGGAAGAGCUCAAUAUGAUCCAAAUAAAGAAAACUAUAUUCCACUUAAGGCUUUAAUUGAAAAGUCCGAUUUAGAGUUCUGCAAAGCUUAUGCAAAAUGUAACAUUGAUGAUUUUAAUACAUUUUUGAAAACUUUAUAAUUAUAGUUAGGUCUCUCAUUUUAGCCUGCUUUCCCCAAGACAACCUUGUUGUGAAAUGCAUUAAGAGAAUGAUACAGAAGAGUGUCAAAUAUGCCAGCCACCGUGAAUACACCUCCAACUAUUGCACAGAUAUUGGUAGCAAAAUGGCCAAUUGACCUAAAAUACAUAGAAAUAGUAUUAAUAAAACAAGAUCAAAUUUUA